GUACUUGCUUCAAAUAUGUAUUGUACUCGUCUGCAUUAGCUUCGGCAUCUGUCAAAAAAUCUACAAUUCUAACUAUGCAAUCCAUCACCCAAGCCAGUAUCAGAACGCCCGAUAUAAAGAUCUUAUCAAUGUGUUCGAAGCGAGAAAUUUAGAAUUCGGCUUUUCGAGUGAAAUUGAGCGGCAAGCGGCAUUACGCGAUGGGCGCUAUAAUCCAGAUAGUCCGCUACCGAUUGAUGUGGAUGUAUAUUAUUCACCGCGUGAUAAGUGGUCAAAGAUCUUCGUUACCAUUCCACGCUUUGGUACUGGUGUGCCCUACUCGUUGGCUUACCUAACAAAUGUGAAAAGGCCUAAUGGCACAGAAUUGCAGCCAUACCCCAGUUAUGACUGGCAUUGGUCCCAUGGCAGAGAUUGCAAUGGAUUUACCUCAGUUUGUCGUGUGCACAUUGACCCUUGUGGUCGAAUGUGGAUACUUGACAGCGGCGAAAUAAAUAACAUUCAAUACUGUUUGCCGCAAGUGGUUGUCAUUGAUGUGGCGACAAGUAAACUUUUGCAUCGCUAUCGCCUAGCUGAGGCCCUGUUUAAGCGCAGCGUCAGCCGUUUUGUCACGCCAUAUGUGGAUGUUUUGGAUCCACCACCGCAUGGACGUUGCCAAAGCACAUUCGUUUAUAUGGCCGAUUCUAAUGGUUUUGGUAUAGUCGUCUAUGAUGUGCAGAAUGGAAAAUCGUGGCGCAUCGAGAACAAAUACACCUAUCCUGAUCCAGAUUUUAGCACCCAUACAAUCGCUGGUGAAAGCUUCGAGCUGUUAGAGGGCACUAUAGGUCUAACUGUAACGCCGCGCGAACUCGGCGUCGAACGUUGGCUUUACUUGCAUUCCUUUUCAAAUGACGCUUUGGUGGCAAUUCCUUUAGAUGUGGUCAACAAUAGUACUUUCUGGCGCACCGGUUUAGACUCGGCUAUUUCCAAGCACAUAUUGAUUGGCAGGCGCGGCAUUCAAUGUGGUGCUUCUGCAAUGAUUUCUAAUGGCGUGCUUUUGUGCGGACACUAUGCGCCUAUUGGACUCUUUGGGUGGAAUAUUCGGACGCCAUACGUAGCGGUAAAUCGUUUGCUGCUAGCCGAGAAUCCAAUUACAUUACAAUUUAUUAGUGGUUUGAAAGUGAUUACCAAUCCAAGUGGCAAAGAAGAGGUGUGGAUGCUGUCGAAUCGUAUACAAAAGGCUUUUACCGGCAGCAUUAAUUACAGUGAGAUUAAUUUUCGGAUAUUGCGGUGUGGUGCUGAUGAAUUGCUGCUGGGUAGACCCUGUUAGUUGAAUUGGAUAAAAAUAAGUUUAAUUAUUUAGUAAACGUACUUAAAUAGUUUGAUAUAUUUAAACUAACCUUUGUACAAAUGUAGU